CUACAUCGGAUACAUAAGAAAUCGCAGUCACUUAUGAUAUAAUUUCUUAUAAUGGCAUAAUCAUUUACAUUAUCAUCGCAUGUAUAUAUUGAAUAAAAAUAGCAAUCAUGACUAAGUGAUGUCUCAACAAAUAAUGAAAAUUCGCGUUUCACAUUAAAUAGUGGAGCUUGCAAUUUAGAACAUUUGUCAUAGUUUGAAUAUAGAUAAAUCUACAUAAAAGCUUACGAACUGAUUCAAAAAUCAUAACUAAAAAAGUUAGGGAUGUUGGUAAUUGUGGAAAAGAGGGGAAUCGUUCGGCUGGAAAACUCUUUUUCUAGUUUUACUUUAAUUAUUGUUGGCAUCCCUAAGGUACGGUAGUCGCAUUUUGAUCAUAGAUUGACUCGAAAGUUUUGCGCAACGAAAGCAUUUGCUCAUUCUCUUGUGUCACUGUUGAAUGCCACGAGAGGAUUGCGUGACGGAAGCAUUUGCUCAUUUCCUUGUGGCACUGUUGAAUGCUACGAGAGGAUUGCGUGACGGAAGCAUUAGCGAUACAGAUGCCCUUAUGACACAGCAGAUAUCAGAAUGCCGAAAAAAUUCGGACCAAGAUUUCGUAAGCCAUUUUACUAGAAUUACGUAGUUCUUUUCACUAGAAAGUGGGCUCAUUUGAGUUUAUUUGAGUCGACAAACUCUGCUUCGAAUUAUUUGUAUCCAAGCGGCGUUGUUGUUCAACUAUGGGGAGUCAACAGUCUGUUGCCAGCGUAGAGAGUUCUGCUGGUGGUGGAAUGUUUACCCGAAUUCCUCUUGCAGACGGUCUAAAAUUAGAACACAGAGACACUAAAGGCCUGAAGAAUUUUGAAGAGGGAAAGGCAUUCGAAAUCCUCGCGCAAAAAGCAAAGAUAAUGGAGGAGAAGGAGGCUAAGAGGUUUAUGUUUAGGCCUGGUGGUGCGUCGGAGCUUCCGGAAAGACUGAAUGUAGGCGAUCGGGUAGCCACUCUCGGCUCCCAAGACCCCAUCAUUGUCACCAAUGAUGUUGGGAUCUUCUCCGCAAUUGUGACGGCGUACAAUAUGCAUUGGAAUCUGAGGACCUCCCCUGAGGACUGGUGGUUUACAGUGAUAAAAAAAGUUGCCAAUGCCAUCGAUGAUAACUCUAAGAAUCAAGCGGUCCGUGAUAUGUUUGUUAGUCACGAAGGCAAGAAGACUUUAGAAGUCUCAGUCCCGACUCUAAGUAUCUAUGGCAUCGAUUAUGAUUGGUUCUUUGGCGAAAUGUCUAAGCUAAUAGACGAAAAUAUAAAAGUCCCUGGCUAUGUGGACACCAUGACCGCUGAUUUCUCUUCCACAACAAAGGUCCAGAGAAUCGUAUCCCAAGUGACCCUGAUGUCCUCUGUGCAAGAGUUCUUCGAGUUCAAAUGCGUGACAAGAUGCGGUAUACCUGCCAUCGAGAUGCUCGGGACCGAGGAGGAUUGGGCGAGACUGCUCACCAAGGCCAAAGAGCUACGGAGGCAGCUAGACCCGAUAGAAGAAGUGCUGCAGCUGAAGAACUGGUGGGGCACUGUUGAGGCAAUUUUUGAGAAAUUACUGGCCACGUACAAAGGGUAUCCAGACAAGAAAUGGUGGAGCCAUAUCCUGAGCUGGAAGAAGGCUUAUCGAUCUGGACAAACUACAGGGUGGGAAGGCUGGCUCAUGGACUUCCUGGUCAAACCAGGGAGCUGUUUGAUGGAGUCAUCCCUUCCUGGGGGUCUGGUGACAGUACCACUCAUCUUCACCGCGCCUGGUGGUGAGGAAGACACGGCAGCACUGGUUGCAGGCAUGUUGGGGUUCACUGUCCACCAGGAAGUCCAGGCAGACAGACCUUCUAUCCAGUCAUUCCAGGGCUGGUCACUGCUUCUCCCAGAGAACUCUCCUUUCCGCAAAUCAUGAAUCUGUUACUUGCUUGCAUUUACUAGGCAAGUUAAUUAAGCUGUUUUGUGACAGCCUCAAUGACAGAGGGCUACGGGAUUCAAAAUAGUGCAUUAGCACGAGUAUUAUAGUAAUGACAUUUGUAAAAAAAAAUUAUGAGGAUGAGGAUGGUAAAGUUGCUGCCCCCCUGGAAAAAAAUUCUCUGGAUUCUCAAGAUUUCUAGGAUAUAAACAAAAUUUGUAAAUGAUAUUUUAGAAUAAACAAAUGGUAGCAUAUUAUUAAAGUGAAUAAAAAAACAAUUAUCGACAUUAAGACAGUUUUCAAUGUCCCGAAAAAAUAGGCGAGACUACACUAAUACUGCUGUAUGUAGUUUAUGAAUCACAGGCGGCCCAGUAUGUUAGCUCGUCAGUUUAUAAGGGCCAAUCCGCACUAGUAAUUUUAGCUGUUUGUACAGGGAUAGUUGUUGACAGGACCUUUCAGGUUAUGACCAAAGACAAGUGCGGACACGAAUAGACAGUGGACAAAAAUUUGUCCUCGGCGGGCAGAAGAUCAAAGGAUGCGACGGCCUGCAGGCUGAGCUGGCCGUUUCGAAACAAAAACAAAACUUUGUUUAUCCUUGUCAAUCAGGCCGUUGCGAAGUGAAAUAUUAUCGCAGGCAAACUAUAGAAUCGUACUAGUUGCAGCCUGCUCGACAAUGGACAGCAAUAGAUCCCAGACAGAUAUUUUAUAUUACACGGUUGUUAUUGUAAUCAGCGGGUAUGUCCAAGGUCUUAUAGCCAGUGUAAAACUAUACGCUGCUAAACAAACAGCAUCUGC